AUGUUUUUCCAUCUAGUUUUUCCUUUGAUCCUUGGAUUGGACCUCCUUGUGGCUGGUCAGUCAAAACACACGGACCAAAAACAGCGAGACACAUACCCCGACAUAUUAUCAUGCUUGAAAGCAACGGACGAUCCCAUCCUAACACCCGAUUCUCCAGAGUGGGGGGAGUCGAUAAAACCUUAUAACCCGAGAAUCGCACCUAUUCCUAAACUCAUCCUAACACCCAACGAUGUUUCCUGUGUCCAAGAUGCAAUGGCUUGUGCAAGACUUUUUCCUGGAACUCGCCUUGCACCUCUCGGUGGAGGUCACUCGUAUACGUCUUUUGGGUUGGGAGGCACAGAUGGAGCAAUAGUCGUAAACAUGAAGAGCUUCAAGCAGAUCGAGAUGCUGGAACCGCAAGAUGGUGUUGACAUCGUGCGAGUCGGUGGUGGGGUCUUAGUGCGAGAGUUGACCGUCUUUCUACUCAAAAAUGGUGGCCUUUAUUGGCCUCAUGCAAGAUGCACCGAGGUCGGGGUCGUUGGUUCCGCGAUAGGUGGAGGUUUCGGCACAGCCUCAAGGCUCUUGGGAAGUACGCUGGACAACGUGGUGGCGGUUGAUAUAAUCUUGCCGAACGGCAACCUUACACACGCAACAGCAACACAGAAUGCAGAUAUUUUCUUUGCCGUGUUGGGAGCUGGCUCCAGUUAUGGUAUCAUCGUCUCAAUUGACAUCAAAGCCCAUAAACCGUACUCGAGUCCAGUGCUUUACACUUAUCAAUGGAACAAACCUACACUCGAGAAAGCAGUGGCGACUUUCAAUGCGUUUCAAAAUUACGGUAUCGAUCAAGCACCCCCCGAAUUAUCCCUCCGAUUAAAUCUAGGUUUUCCAACAGGUUUUCCAGACCACAUUAUAUUUCAAGGCGUAUAUUACGGAGAUCGGAAGAAAUUCGAGGCCAUCAUAGAGCCCCUACUCAGCCAACUAUCGCCACCGGAUGUUACCAAUGUGACAGCAGUCACGUUUGCGCAAUCUGAGGAGUCACUCAUGGGACCUCUUGACGGCCCACCUGCCAUUAGACCUAGCGCUGUGGCGUAUACCAAUUCUUUAUUGGCUUUUCAACCGCUACCAAACAACACAAUCCAAGAGUUCAUGUCCAACUUGAUGAAAAGAAGCCAAGAAAAGAAAUCUAUCAAUUUUAGGAUGCAACAGUUUUUUGAUUUAUGGGGAGGAAACGGAUCUUACAGUAGUAAGAUGACCAAAGAAGAUGAAGACACUUACGGAUUUCCACACAACAACGCUCUCUUGCUUUUUAGAGCUGAUGGAGUACUCAAUGCGACUACUGCUGAAGCAUGGCCAAGCGAUGGAAUCAGUUUUGUACAAUCCUUUACUAAACCUUUAUUCGAUAGCCAAAAAGACCCUCGAAGUUAUCCAAACUAUCGAGAUAGCGCGUAUACUCAAGAACAGUGGUCUAGCAGGUAUUAUUCUGAUGAGUACCCAAAACUUCAACAAAUCAAAGCCCAUUUGGAUCCAGCAGGUAUCAUGUCAGCUAACCCUCAGAGUGUCCAACCUAGCACCGAUGGUGCCUAA